AUUCUUCCAUUUGUCUUGUCAUUAAUGACUGAAGGAAGUACAGCUGUUUAUGCAGCAUGGUAUCUUUUUGAGCCUGUGGCCAAAGCUCUGGGCCCAAAAAAAAACACAAACAAGUAUUUAUUGAAGCCACUUAUAGGUGCAUAUGAAAACCCUUCAUAUAUUCAUGGAAGAUUUUACCUGUAUACAGAUUGCUUUGUAGCCCAGUUGAUAGUACGUCUGGGCUUGCAAGCAUUUCUUUCAAAUUUACUUAAUCAUGUGCUUCAAAUACUUGUUGGAGUAGAGAGCUCGGGUGAUGAAGGAAAAUUGCUGUCUGGAACAGCUGAAGAUGAGGAAAGUGGUGGGGAGAGCCCAGUUGCUGGUGAAUUUGGUGAAGGUCGUCAGAAUAGUGUAGACCAUAGUGGCUCUUCCCAUGAACUAUUAGACUAUACUUCUGGGGUUAGUUUUCAUGAUCAAGUUUAUCUAACAGAAAAUGAGGACUUUCAAGGGGGACUGUAUGUCAAUGAUGCCCUUCAUGCUCAAGAACCAGAGUCUCUCAGCCUUGGAAGGUUAAGUGACAAAAGCUCUGCAAGUGAAGUCUCCCUAGGAGAUGAGAAAGUGCCAGAUAGUGACUCCCUCAGAGAAAAAGGUAGCAUGAAGUCUGGAGAUAGUAGUCAGGACUUAAAACAAAGUGAGGAGUCUGAAGAAGAGGAAGAGCGGGAUUCUUCCCCUGGUCUAUCAGAAUUAACCCUCUCAGUCAACACAGAUGCUUCAGCUGAUACAGUUGUAACCAAUGAAAACCAAGAACUGGAAGAGGAUGAACCGGAUUUAAAUAAUCAGACAGAAGAAAAAGAACAGAAGAUAUUAAUAGAUACUGCCUGUAAGAUGGUAAGGUGGCUUUCAGCCAAGCUAGGUCCAACUGUGACCUCUCGCUGCAUUGCCAGGAAUCUGCUAAGAUUACUCACGUCCUGUUAUGUUGGUCACCAGAGACAUCAGUUUCUAUCUAACAUGGAGGAGAAUAGUCCACUAAAUGUCAAGAGGAUGGUGUAUGGUGAUCAGGUGUCUAGGCCUGUGCUAGAGUGCCUGAUGCAUAUGGCUCAUCUCUAUGGAGAACCUUUUCUUACCUAUCAGUAUCUGCCUUACAUCAGUUACCUGGUGGCUCCCAGCAGUGGGUGCAGAACUGAACAGCCGCAAGGAAGCUGGUCUCCUAGCUGCUGUCACCUUGACUCAAAAGAUCAUCAUCUACCUUUCAGACACUACUUUGAUGGACAUUUUACCAAAAAUUAACCAGGAUGUCCUCCUGCCAGUUCUAAGCUUCCUGACCUCCACCACUGUUGGGUUCCCAAAUGGCCCUCAGGCACGUCUAGCUUUGUGUGUCAAGUGCAGCAACCUUAUUUCCCUCAUCUGUCUACGGAUAGGGAGAGAAAUGGUCCAGCAGCAUCUUGGUGAUGCUCUCAGAAUCUUCUUCAGCAACUUCACUGUAAUGCAGGAAAUCCUUCAGCAGGGUCUGUCUGCAGAGACACAGAAUGGUUUGGAGCCAUGCAUAAAGAGUGUCCACUGCUCAGAUGGAAUAAUGUUACCUGUGGAUCUGACUUUAAUUGAGGAACUGGAAAAAGUAUAUAAUGCUGAGAUGGCAUAUGCCACAUUCAUCCCAUUUUCCUGUCUCAUUGGUGAUGUUAUUAACCAGUUGGUUCCAAACCAUGAUUUAAUAUGGAAACUCACAAUGGUUUAUCAAGAAACAGUUAUUCCAAAGGAGAUUGAUAAUCAAUCACUGCCCUGUGAGUACAGCAACAGAACAAGUGUUCCUCUAUACAGCUUAGAGGAAGACACCCAGUCUGGCACCUUUGGGAGUGUCAUGGUUGGAAACCGCAUUCAGGUCCCAAAAGACAGUCAGCCAUCACCAUCAAAAUCCACUUGUCGCAGCCCUGUAGCAGAGAACUUCCAGUGUGAUGAUAACACUUUUAAGCAGGAUCUUCAGAGGAGUGCCCAUGGGCUAUGUGGAAACUGGCUGGCAUACUGGCAGUAUGAGAUCGGCGUGAGCCAACAGGAACCUCAUUUUUACUUUCACCAGAUCAAGCUCCAAAGUUUUAUUGGCCAUUCUGGAGCCAUCAAAUCUGUUAAACCUCUCAGCGGAGAAGAUUUCUUUCUAAGCGGCAGCAAGGACAAAACAGUUCGGUUGUGGCCUUUGUACAACUAUGGCGAUGGCACCAGGGAGAUUGAACCACGUCUUACUUAUACUGAGCACAAGAAGACUGUGUUCUAUGUAGGCCAGCUGGAAUCUGUGCAGCAAAUAGUGAGCUGUGAUGGAGGAGUAUGUAUAUGGGACCAAUUUACAGGUAAAACCAUUCGCACCUAUGAGGCUGGAGAUACAAAGGUACCCAUAACCGCUGUGGCGACAAUGCCUCCACCUUAUUGCAGUGUGACAUUUGGAAGCUCUGACUCGAUGCUUCGUUUUAUCGAUCCUCGGAAGCCAGGACUUCAGCAUGAAUUCAAGCUAGCCAGCAAUAUGAAUGCAGGCCUCAUCCGUUACCUGGCAGUCAGCCCAAACGGCCGCAGCGUUAUUGCAGGUUAUUCAUCUGGAUUCAUUAUAUUGCUGGACACCAGGACUGGUCUGGUUCUGCGAGGGUGGCCUGCACAUGAGGGUGAUAUCCUACAGAUGAAGGUA